GGCAAAACAGCGCCUUUUGCUGCCGCGACGAAAAACCUCACCCACCAAGAACACUGCUUUGCAACCCACACUCAUCAGAGUUCCAAGUCGGUGGUGACGGUGGUGUGCAGGGUGUCAGUCAUCCUUCCAUCCAUCAUCCAUCAUCGUCGCUUCCAUUCAUUGAGAGAGGAUUUGCUUGCUUGCUCGCUUGCUCGCUUGCUCGCUGCUCCUCUUCCUCCCUGCUUCCUCGUUCCUUGAAGCAACGAGUCAGCAACAGCAGCACAACACUCGUUCUGUAGUGUGCUUGACGAGGGCCACCAUCAAGCAUGUCUGCGACGUCAAUUGAGGACUUGUUGCAGACUCGUACGCAGCCCUUCACCGAGCACCAGACAUGGGCUCUCAUUGGCCAAGCCCUGGUUGCCCUGCACAGCUUAGAUGACAGAGCGCUGCCUAAAGUCGCAAUCACUCCCACCACAACAGCUUUGGACACGAAUGGCAAGCUUCACUUCUUCCAAGCACGAAGCGCGCAGUCGCCACAGCAUGCAGCAUUUAACCCGCCAGAGCGUGUGCAGCUGUUGUCUGGCUCAUACUCUCGUCGCGCCUGGGAGAAUGCGCACAUUUACUCGAUUGGAAUGCUGGCCUUCCAUGUGCUGGACUUCAUGUCCAGUGGUGCCGCUCCACCAGCGCUCUCGGAGGAGCUGGAGCAGUUGCUUGCAGGCAUGACAGAGGACGACCCACGCCAAAGGGUCAUGAUUGAGCGGCUGCGUCGUGUUGUUCGCGCCCACCGCAUGCAACGCGACACGCCACAGUACUCCCUCACCCUCGCCACCAUCGCCAAGCAGGCUAUUGCGCGCACCCCAGCACAACUGCAGCAGCAGCAGCAGCAGCAACUGCGGGCAGACACGACCAUGAUGGCGCUGCGCUCGCCGCCGCAGCAGCAGCCGGUGGUGUCGACCGUGAACAGCGGGCACCGCGGUCCACCACCCAAAGCGACGCCGUCGAUAGCCGCCAGCACCAACAACACCACCACGACCCCGCAGCGCAUCGACCUCUCUGCCGCGCCCACGGCGACACCUGCCAGGGCGCACACCAACCACUUCAACUUCAACAACAUCUUCAACAACAUCAACAACAUUCCGUCGCCUGCGCUGAGCCCGAUCACGCCAGCAACGCCCUACACGCUGCGCACACGUGGCGAGGGCCCAACAGCACACGUGCACCUCCUCACGGGGGCAGUGCUGCAAUACCCGACAUACGCAAACACGUAUGUACGCGACAUCUUCCAGCUCGCCUGUCGUGCCUGUGGUCUUGUCGAAUCGGCAUACUUUGGCCUCUCACGCCGGCGGCCAGAUUCACUGAUUGAGACAGAGUUUCUUGACAUGAGCAAGCGCAUCUGGGAUUACCACCCACCGGCCGGCCACAACAACCGCGAUGGCAGCACACACUCUCGCACGCGCACACGUGCACGCACACGCAGCAAAGCGUCCAAGGGGUUAUCGUCACCGUCAUCAUCAUCAUCGUCGCCAUUGCCCGGUGGCCAGCGCGGCCGCGAAGACACCAUCCAGCUCUUUUUCCGUGUCGAGUUUUAUGUCGAGAACAUUUCUUGUCUCGCCCUCGAGGCGACAAAACACAUGUUUUACCUCCAGCUGAAGCAAGAUGUGUUGAACGGUCACAUUGCGGUCGACACAGAGGCGGCCAAGCAUCUCGCGUCGUAUGCGCUGCAGGCGGACUUUGGCGACUACAGCCCCGUCACGCACGCCGGCCACUACUACGAUGUUGCAGAUUACUUCCCCCAGCCCGUCAUCACCGCCCUCACAGCACAGAUGAUCCAGCGCGACAUGCCUGCGCGCCACAACCGCCGGCGCGGGCUGACCCGCCCCCAGGCCGAGAUUGCCUUCAUGCGCCUCGCCCAGCGCCAGCCGCUCUUCGGCAUCACAUUCUACCGCGUUUUCCGCCGCAUCCACCGCACAAACGUCCCGCACAAGCUGGGCAUCUCCACGCGCGGCGUGCGGCUGACGGAGGAUGUGGAGUACCGGCACCCCACCACCACGGGCUUUGCCUGGUCGGACCUCAUCGAGCUCACGCUCAAGGGCCGCUGCAUCCGCUUCAAGAUCCCGCCCGGUGGUGGGCAGCAGCAGCAGAAGCAGUCGUCGCUGCUCGGCGGUCAGCAGGCGCCGGCGCACCACGCCGCCUCCCCGCACGCUGGUGGCCUCUCUUCUCCACGGUCCGGGCGCGCGCGCGUGAUUGAGGUGCGAUGCGCAACGGAGAGCGACGCGGAAUACGUGCACCUGCGUUGCAUUGCGCACCACAAGUUCUUCUUCCUCAUGCGCCAGCGCCACCCCGAGCUCGGCUCCACCCUGCACACCAAGCAGUCCUCUCUUCACGGCCGCACGCCAGUGAAGAAGCCAACACAGCAGCAGCAGCCUGUGGAACAGCUGGACGGCGGCAGCGGUGCAGCUGCGCCCGUGAAGAUGACCGCAACGGAUGCAGGGGCCACUGGCCAACGCACUGCCGUCCCCGCCGACGUGGCGACGGCGUUUGAGUCGCGCCAGCAGCCGCUGCAGUCCGUGCGCAGGCUCCAGCAGGGCCAGCAGCAGGAGCAACAGCAGCGUGAGCACGCACGGGAGGAGCAUGUGCUUGAUUUGCAGGCAGCAGGUGACGAUGGUGAUGAGGGUGAUGGCGACGUGUUUGUAACGCUGGAGAACGACCACAUGGACGAGGCUGUGGAUCCAUCGCAGAUCACCACAAACUUUGAAGAGCCGCAGGUGGUGCAGGGCUCCCUGUUUGGUCACCUCCUCCCCACGGCUACUGGGACUGGCGGCGGCGGUGAUACCGAUACUGGGCGGCAACAACAACAGCAGCAGCAGCAGCAGCAGCAGCAGCAGCAGCAGCAGCAGCAGCAGCAGCAGCCGUCAUCGCCUUCGUCUGGUGUGCAGCGGAUUGUGCUGCGCAAAGCGAGCGAAAGUCUCGGCUUCAGCGUCGCUGGCGAAGGGCUCGUGAAGCAGAUCAAACCAGGCGGGCCCGCAGCAACAGAGGGCACGCUGCGCAAGGGCCACCAAAUCAUCGCCGUGAACGGUGUGGAUGUGUCGACGUACUCGCAUGAGCAGCUUGUGGAUGUGUUGCGUGCGGCGCCAGUGCGUGUUGUGCUGGACGUGCGACAAACAACACCGCAACAGCGCGCAAAGAAACUGCAGAAGAAGAAAGCGCGCGACAAACUGCUGCAGAACCGCCCGCCACCACAAACGUCCGAGGACGAGGACGAUGGUGCUGCUGCUGGCGACGGUCCCACCAGCAGCAGCGGAGAUGGCAGCGGCAGCACCGAGCGGCUGAAGGAGAACGGACGAAACGGUGCAAGCGCGCGCCGCAGUCGCCCGAGCAAGCCGUCAUCGGCGUCAGUCUCCUCGGGUGCAAACGCGGCCAAUUCGCGGCCACGGCGCACCAACGCAGGGCGCGAUGGAGAGGAGAACGUCUCUGAUGAGGGCGGCGCUGUGUCGUCGGACACGCGCACACCAACGCCAUCCACCGUGACGUCGUCGCCAACAGAGCAAGAGAUUCCCCUGCACCCGCCCGUCUCGCUCACGUGCACACGCGGCCUUGUGGACGCGGUGCACGUGCGCAGGGAGAAUGGCCAACUGGGCCUGUUUGUGUGCGGCGGCAGCGAUACGGGCAUGGGCGGGAUCUUCGUGGAGCGGAUUGUGAAGGACUCACCGGUUGAUUUGUCCGAUUUGCACGUCAGCGACCGCCUCCUCUCCGUCAACGGCAUUUCCCUCAUGGACCUGAAGCACAAGGAGGCACUGAUGGUGUUGAAGAGCGUGGGCGACGAAUUUGAGUUUGAGGUGCAGCGGAUUGGGCGGAGCCAGUGGCGCACGCUGGUGCAGGACCUGCGCACCGUGCACGAGGCGAAGCGGCGCAAGGCGAGGGAGAUGCGGGAGAGGGAGUUGAAGGCAAAGGAAGCAGGGGCAGCAAAGGAACAGGCGCAGAGCGAAACAACUGCUGAGGGGCAUCACAACCUCAAGCAGCAGCAGCACCAACAAGUGCAACAACAACAACAACAACAACAACAACAACAACAACAACAACAACAACAACAACAACAACAACAACAACAACAACAACAACAACAACAACAACAACAACACCGAGCGGAAGAGUCGCGUCCAGUGUCAACUCAGGCCGAGCAGGCAGCGAGCGCGGCCGCUUCAACCGCACCAGCGCAGGAGGCGGACACGGCACAGCCAGGGGAGCACCCCACUCAACAACAACAGCAACAGGAACAGGAACAGCAACAGGAACAGCAACAGGAACAGCAACAGGAGCAAGAACCACAAGAGCACGAACAACACGAACAAGAACAAGAGCAGCGGCAGCAGCCGCCGCCGCCGCAACAACAGCAGCAGCAACAGCUGAUGAUGGUGACGCUGGAAAAGGAAACCUCCGAGCAAGGUCUCGGCUUCUCCAUCCGCGGCGGCACAGACAAAGGCAACAACCCCAUCUGUGUUCGACGUGUGCAGGAAGGAUCACUCGCAGACAAAUGCGGGCAGUUGCAUCCAGGGGACCUCAUUGUGGCCGUCAAUGACACACCCCUCCACGGGAUGAAGCACGCCGAAGCACUCACCACCCUGCGGUCUGCUGGCCAAGUCGUCACGCUCGCUCUCCGCCCAGGCGGUAAACGAAGACGCGCAUCCAAAGACACACCACAGCAGCAGCAGCAACAACAACAUCAGCAAGGAGUUGACAGCGCGAACGCGGGUGCGUCGGUAUCAAUUGUGCGACCGGUUGCCAGGCGCGCAAGUGCCGGCAAUGAAGCAGAUGCCGCUCAACCACAGCAGCAGCAGGCCGUUGUGGGCAAUGGGCUUGAGGUGAUUGUGACGCCUGCGGUGACGGAGGAGCGGACAGCGCCAUCGCCUGUGCCGGGGUAUCGUGGCGAGGGCAUGGUCCUGACAGUGACCAUCCCGCCAUCCACCAGCUACGGGUUUGGCGUGAAGGGAGGGCUUGGGUCUCCUCGCGGCCUGUACGUGCGGCGCAUUGACGAGAGCGGGGUCGCCUUCAAGGCCGGUCUGCGACAGGAUGAUGUGCUGCUGGCCAUCAACGGCGACCCCACAGAGACGCUCACGCAUGUGGAGGCGCGACACAAGCUGAAGAGCCUCUCAGGCAGCGUUGCCCUGAAGGUGUGGCGCCCACAGGGCCCAGACGCCAUCAUUGCAAAGCGCUCGCGCGCAACAACGCAGCAGGCCGGUGUCAGCACCAACACCAGCGGUGCAGCCGUGGAUGGAGGUCAGGCAGCGGCGAGUGACGCGAACUCACAGAACGCACACAGUGUGCCUUCAGCAUCUACACAAGCCAACGCAGCCCCAGCAGCAACAACAACAGCAGCAGCAACCACAGCAACGGAUACGGAGGGAUCCAAGCAUGCCCCUCAACAUCACCAAAAGGACGAUGUCGACACUUCACAAGUGCCGCUUCGUCGCCAGCAGCAGCAGCAGCAGCAGCAGCAGCAGAGGGUGCGGCCGCGAGAGACGGACGCGGUGGCGCUCUGGCGACGACGAGCGAGCGGUGAAAUCCAGGGCUCCGAGUACGUGGUGAGCUUGGAGAAGGGCACGAACGGGCUCGGCAUCAGUCUCUCUGGCGCCGUUGUUGAUGGGCAGACGCUCAUCACCAUCAAGCACGUGUAUGCUGAAGGGUCCGCUGGUACGGAUGGCCGCAUUGCUGCUGGCGAUCACCUCCUCACCGUCAACUCCCAGUCCCUGCAGGACCGCACGCCCCAGGAUGCGGUGCAGCUGUUUGCGCAGAUGUCUGGGCGCGUUGUGCUGACGCUGUGGACGCCCCGCUCAAAGGCGGAGGUGGAGCGCACGCGGACACACCGGUUUGCGGGGCCCGUCGUGCUCGAAGCCGGAGACAGCAGCACAGACGACGCUGCCAGCGACACGUUUGCUGAUGACGAUGACGACCGUGACGGUGGUGCAAAGGGUACUGGUGAUGGUGGCGAUGUGUUGGAGGAGGAUGCUGAGAGCCCAAGCACAUCGGAGGAAGAGGGCAAGGCCGCCGCAACAGCGACGCAAGCCAAGCAGCAAGGCAAGGAGCAAGGAGCAGCGGGCACCACAAGCGCAGACUCCAAACCGAGUGAAUCAUCCCGCGGGCGUGCAUUGCCACCGCUCCCACCUGUGACCACAGCAGCAUCAACAGCUGCCCCUGACACGCCCCAAGAGCAAGAUAACAAGCACGCGGCCCAGCCGAACGGCCAUGUCGCUGCCGCCAACCGCAGCGAUUGCGAUGCUGAAGACGACGACGAGGAGGAGGAGCUUGAUGUUGACGCUGACAGUGAUGAUGGUGCGGACGUUGGCGAUGGUGGUGAGCUGCCUGAGCUGCCAACUUCAGCGCCGCCACCGCUGCCGCCGCCCGCGGAUGUGUCGACGUCGUCAUUGCGGGUAUUGGACGAAGAUGGGGAUGAAGAGCUCGUCAGCAGCAGAGACGGCCGGCAGGGGCAACAGACGCAGCAUGAUCAGGCGGAGCGCGCAGACGCAGCAUGCGACAGCGGCAGCAACGUCGCCGCAGCGGCAGCAGACGUUGCUGGUCCGCAGCCGGACAGUGACGUGAACGUGAACACCGUCAAUGUCAACAUCGACGACGACGACGACGACGACGAUGAUGAUGAUGGGUCGGAGUUGGACGUUGACGACGAGUUUACGUUUUCGGACGAGGACGAUUUGCUGCCGGAUGAAUCCGCACCUUCGUCCCGCGUUGCAUCGCGACAGCAGAGUGUGCACACGCUGACGCCGUCGCUGCCGACUGGCGGGCCAACACCACUACCCAUGUCGCCGGCGCAGCUGACGCAGCAGCAGCAGCGCGAGGCAGCACGCGGGGACGGCGCAGGGAAGACGCGCGCAAAGCAGUGGGCAGAGGAGAGCAUGAAGGCCAAGGAGGACGCCGCCGCGAACAGGCGCGUGAGCAACGAGGAGCUGAUGAGUCAUCUCUAUCAGAGCGUCACACAGGAGAAUGAGACGCAGUUUUACGAGCAGGUGCGCGCGCAGUGCAAGGCGCUUCUUCCUGAGACGACGAUCAACGACGCCAUGGUCCGCAAGUACCGCGACGUGGCUACAGCACUCUCUGCGGCUGUCAAGGACAAGCUUCCCGUCCGCGAAUACCAAGAGCUCAGGCAACGCUCAUACUCGUGCACGUAUUCGACAGGGCAGCAGCACCGCGCCCACAACCGCUACCGGGACAUGCUUCCGUGCGACAAGACGCGUGUGCAGCUUUCCGACGGGGAGUACAUCAACGCCAACCGCGUGCAGCUGAGCAGCGGCAGCAGCGGCGUUGCAACAGAUGUCAUCAUCUCGCAAGGUCCCGUGGCCACGUCCACGCCCCGCUUCUGGCAGAUGGUGUUUGAGGCGCGCUCGCCCGUGAUUGUGAUGCUGACGGCGGAGGUGGAGAAGGGGACGGUCAAGUGCCAUUCGUACUGGCCGCCGCGACGCAAGAAGAAGUACGAGUUUGGCGAUUUCGUGAUUGAGAACAUCAACACGAAGCGCGCCGUCCACUUUGUCGUGUCCACGCUUCGCGUCACGCACAAGAAAACACAGGAGGAGCACACGGUGACACACCUGCGCAUGAUUGGAUGGCCGGACCACGGUGUACCGCAGAACACGACGUCCAUCCUAACUUGCCUGGAGGAGUGUCGUGUGUUCCGUGGGGCGAGCACAGCACCGCCCGUCAUCCACUGCAGCGCCGGCAUUGGGCGGUCAGGCGUGUUUGCUGCCCUGCUCUUCUUCCAGCAGGCGAUGCUGCAGCCCAUGCGGCCGCUGGAGGUUGUGGCAAACGAGGACUACAGUCACGAGACGGUUCCGUUGAAAGAUGUUGUUGUGCAGUUGCGUGAGGGCCGUCACCAUCGCGUCGUCCAGACAACGGAUCAGUAUCGGUUCUUGUACUCAGCGUGCGCGGAUUUGCUGACAAGCAUGGCAGAUGCCAGAUCAUGACCUGGGACGCUGCGCUGCGUGUGUGUGUGUGUGUGUCUAUGUGUGUGUGUGUGUCUGUAUCUGUGUGUCUAUGUGUCUGUGUCUGUACAACUGUGUGUUUGUAGAACUGUGUGUCAGCGUGUGUUUGUGCUGCCCUCUUGCCACACACACGCACCCACCCAGACACACACACACUCUCUCUCUUGUUGUUCUUCUUGACUUGUGUCUCGGGCAUAUUUUGCGCGUUACCAUUGCUGUGCUGUGUUCCGUUUCCUCCUUGUACAUACCAUACCCCCUUUAUUUGCCCUUGGUUUGAGUCUUUUCACAUGAUGCCGUUUCGUCCCACAUGCUCGUUUCAUUGAGAAAUAUGACAACACGA